GCCCUCCCAACUUUUAUACAAGUUUUCCCUGGGCGUUUUGUUUGUCCGCCCGAGGGUGCGCUGCAGGCGUGGCGGCCGAGCCUGUGCGCCUCGUCCCUAGCCCCACUCCUCCUCCUUCCAGCCGGGGCAGCGCCUCUCCCUUUCUGAGAGGCGCCAAAUGGCUACCUAGUCAACCACACGGGGCGGGGGCUGCAGCGCCUUCAACUGCCGCGGCAGCUCCCGGCGCCCGCGGGCUGGGAGCGGGGACCCGCAGGUGGAAGCGCACUCCGGAGGCGGGCCGGCCCGGGGUUUGGGUGGCUCCGGCGGUCUCCUGACUCGCGGCCAGCCCCGCUCAGGCCUCGGGAAGGCGCGCGUUCCGCCCUGACCGGCUGGCCUCUCCCACUCCAGCAGUGACGCGCCGCCUGGGAGCGGGAGCCCGCGCAGCGAUCCGCAGGGUGAUGGACGGCCGAGCCCCGAGCACGCAGGACGCCCAGGCGAUGCAGACACCCCCCGUCGCCCCAGCUGGGAGAAAACUGAAAGCCAAAGCACCACUUCCUCCAGCUGAGACCAAAAACCUUGAUGCCUCUUCAGUUGAUGAUUCUGUAGAAUCCUCUGCUUACAUCAUGGAACAGAGAGAAAACAUGAUAGACAAAGACAUUGAGCUCUCAGUGGUUCUACCUGGCGAUAUUAUCAAAUCUACAACUGUUCAUGGCAGUAAACCUAUGAUGGAUUUGUUGAUAUUCCUCUGUGCCCAGUAUCACUUGAACCCAUCAAGUUACACAAUUGAUCUGCUGUCAGCUGAAAAGAAGCCCAUUAAAUUUAAGCCAAACACACCAGUAGGGAUGUUGGAGGUGGAGAAAGUAAUUUUAAAGCCAAAAAUUUUGGAUAAGAAAAAACCUACACCUAUAAUACCAGAGAAAACUGUGAGAGUUGUGAUCAAUUUUAAGAAAACACAGAAGACAAUAGUGAGAGUUAACCCGCAUGCAUCACUUCAAGAACUUGCCCCCAUUAUAUGCAGCAAAUGUGAGUUUGAUCCAUUACAUACCCUGUUAUUGAAGGAUUAUCAGUCUCAAGAGCCCCUCGACUUGACAAAAUCUCUUAAUGACCUGGGACUAAGAGAAUUAUAUGCCAUGGAUGUCAGCAAAGCCACUUCUGUUACUGCCUUCAAUAAAUCAUCUUUACAAGACUCCUGCCAAAUAUCACAAAAUUUAGACAUUAUGAAGGAGAAAGAAAAUAAAGGGUUUUUUGGCUUUUUUCAACGCAGUAAGAAAAAGCGAGAUCAGACUGCCAGUGCCCCAGCAACCCCUCUAGUGAGUAAUAAUCGCCCGACUUUUACAAGGUCCAAUACCAUUUCCAAAACAUACAUUUCAAACACCCUGCCAUCGGAUGCGCCCAAGAAGAGGCGGGCUCCGCUGCCUCCGAUGACAGCAUCUCAGAGUGUCCCCCAGAACCUGGCUCACAUCCAGGAGAGGUCAACUUCUUGUGUAGUGAAAUCCGCGAGUGUGGAUGAAACCGAUAAGAGUUCCUGUGGAUCAGACAUAGUGAGGUCAGGCUCUCUGAAGUUCAGUAGCACAUCCAUUGGGAAUUCAUCUUUGAAAAGGACAAAGCGAAAGGCACCUUCCCCACCCUCCAAAAUACCUCUGCAUCAAAGUAAUGAAAAUAGUCUUGUGACUGCCCUGCAGUCAGUGCAUGCAGACAGUGUUUCAGAAGCAAGCUCUCCCGAGGGGCUGUCCAGCCCAGAAGCCUCACUUGGCCCUGGGCUCCCCAGUCACGAAGAGUGCACUUCUCCCAAACUGGCAGAUGAAGCCUCUCUAUUGGAGCACCCUGAAACACCCGAGGCAGCCGUAGCAUCUCUGACAUCCGGAAUAAGCUCUGAUUAUAGUCUUGAAGAAAUAGAUGAAAAAGAAGAACUGAGUGAAGUGCCUAAAGAUGAGGCUGAAAAUAUUUCUGGGAAGUCACAAGAUAUUCCUUUUGGAUCUACGGAUAUAAUAAAUACACUGAGAAAUGAUCCUGACUCAGCCCUUGGCAAUGAUACUGGAGAGUCCUCACAAAACUCCAAAGAAGAAAAACAAGAAACUAGAAACACAGAUGGACAAGGACCACACUUGAAGAUAUACAGUGCAAGCAAUGAAGAGAGGGUCGUUGACAGUGUAAGAACCUUGAAGUCAUUACGUCCAAACCAAGAAAAUGAUCAAAAUGAAGUAAUUACCAUUUCAAUUAACACAGAAGAUACUAUGAAAAAUGGAGAGAGAACAGAAAUCAAUGUAGGUGGUAUUGCCAACAAUAACAAUGUGGACAAGGAAAUUGACAGACUGUCAAACUAUCAUGUACAUGAAACUGAAACUGCUGGAAGUUACAAGGAAAAUCAUCUAGCUGCUUCAUCAGUACCAGGCCAAAAACUUAAUCAACCCAGUACAGAAAAGACAAAAAUGCAAGAUGCCGCAAUUCAGACAACUCCUUCCUAUAACAGUUUUGAUGGGAAUCACCAACAUCAUCAUUUGUCUGACUUCAAAGCUGAUGAAAGUGUGCAAACUGCAGAUAACAAGAAAUCAACUCAACAUUCAUCUUUAAGUCCACAAGUUUCUGUAGAUAACUCAAGAGAAUUCAAGAAUCAGGGCCCCCUAACUAUAUAUUCAGAAGAUCAACUCACCAUAAAAGAUUCAAUUUAUGUACAUGGUAAUGAUGCUCUUUUGCUUCCUGUAGAUGGGAUUAAUAAAAAUUCAACUGCUUCUUAUAUAAAGAAUUAUCCACUUUAUAGACAAGACUACAGUCCCAAGCCAAAACCUUCAAAUGAAAUUACAAGAGACUAUAUACCCAAAGUUGGAAUGACUACUUAUAAAAUAGUGCCUCCCAAAUCCCUGGAAAUAUUAAAAGACUGGGAAUCAGAAACCUUAGGGCAUGAAAAUGAUCAGGAUACACAUACUUUAGGAAAAAAGCAUAUUGAAGAGAAUGUGAAAGAAACUGCCAUCCAAACAGAGGAUGCUAUUUCUGAAAGCCCAAAGCAGCCACAGGUAGACCUUAAACCCAAGCCUACGCUAAGGUCAGAGGAUCAGGUGCACAGUGUGGAGAGCCUGCCCCAGAGCACCGCGGCGAACCUUCUGAAGUCUACUCCCAGAAUGACGAGAGAUGCUGGCGCAGCUCCUUUUGUGCCGAAUUUGGAAGAUAUAAACAACAUUUUGGAGUCAAAACUUAAAUCUCGUGUCUCAAAUUCCCAGACCAAACCAAGUUCUUUUUUCUUGCAAAUGCAGAAAAGGGUUUCAGGUCACUACGUGACAUCUGCAGCUGCCAAGAGUGUCCACACUGCCCCCAAUCCUAUUCCAAAGGAACAGAUAAAGAAAGAGGUGGAAAGGGAUACCAUACCCCCUGCAGAGCAAACUGUCUCUCCUUUCAGUACAACAACCCACUCUCCUCCACAACCCCACAUUAAAAACACUGAUGAUAGCAUCAGCCAGCAGAAGCCCCCUCAACCCUCUCCCCCUCCUGUAGCUCCAAAACCUGUUUCUCAACCACCUCCGCUUCCUGUAGCUCCAAAACUUGUUUCUCAACCCUCUCCUCCUCCUGUAGCUCCAAAACCCGUUUCUCUUCCCGCAAGUCAGUUGGCAGCACUAAAUCUGAAGACUCUGAAAACUUUUGGUGCCCCACGACCUUAUUCCAGCUCUGCUCCUUCGCCCUUUGCCCUCGCUGUGGUGAAGCGGUCACAGUCUUUCAGCAAAGUGCGUACAGAGUCUUGCAGCGAGGGUGCGCCUGCCCCAUCUCCAAGUGACAAAGAGGAAGGGAAGAUUCCUUCCAUAAAUCAAUUUGUUGACGUCCCACAACUAAGUGUCAGUAAUAAGGAAAAUAACUCUGCACAUAAUGAACAGAAUUCCAAAAUACCAUCUCCAACUGACUGUCCAUCACUCACCCUCAAGAGGCAAACUUCUUUAACCUUCCAAAGCUCUGACCCAGAAGAGAUCCGACAGAGUUUGCUGACUGCAAUCCGUUCUGGAGAGGCUGCUGCCAAAUUGAAAAGGGUCACUGUUCCAUCAAAUACAAUAUCUAUGAAUGGAAGGUCAAGACUCAGCCAUUCCAUGUCCCUUGAUGCCCAGGACGGCCAUUAAAUGUUGCCCUGCCAUACUGCACUUCACCUCCUCACUUCAUGGAACAACUUCAUACAAUAGAGAACGCUGGCAAAUGUAUAUUCAGAUGUACACUAAUAUAUUAUCUAUUAAAGUGUAAGAAUUUGUGUUGUGGCUUUUAAUGCCAAAAGAAGAAUUAUCAGAAUUUAUAAUUUAUAAUAUUUUUGACCUUUUAUGCCUUAAGAGCUGAAUAUGCUACUUUAGAACUUUAAGACAAGGUGUUAUGACUCAUUUUUUUCAAAUGAGAAAUACUCUUUUUUUAUUUCACUUACUGAUUGACACAUUCUCUGCAAUGUGACUUAGACAAAAGGAUAAAUUAAGAGUCAUAGACAUAUUUGUAUGAUACAUGAAUAAACUAGGCAAACUCAGAUGUGACAUUGGCUGCCUCAAUGGAACUGUUUAAUUAUAAAUGUUAAUAAGUUAUAUUAAAGCCUGUUUUGUGCUGUAAGUAUGAUCUAGAAAACCAAUGAUAUCAAAUUAGUAUAUUUAGUUCAAUAGUUAAUUUCAGUGAUGAAUCAUGUAGUAUGCAGGUCUUCUGCAUUUUUUGUGUAAUUACAAAAUCAGUGUCAAAUUUAUGGGAAGCACAUUAUAUUUUAAUACUUUAUUGAUAUGGAACACUUUUUUUUAAUCUUUAGAACUUAAAUUGCACAAGAUAAAUUUUAAAUAUUUUCUGUAUAUAAUUAUGAUAUUAUUGUCACAGAGAUAUUACACAUUUUAUGUACCAGAAGCCUUAAAAAAAUCUUCCUGUGAAAAUGUUGAUAUAUUGUGACAGUCAUUUCUCAUUUAAUAUGUAGAGAGGAAUAGGGGUUAGCUUAUGUCCACAUUGGAAAAUUUUAAAGACUACUUGGAGGUCCCAGAAAUCUUGAUUUUAAUUAAAGUAAAAUGAUAAAGUCGUGUAGUUCACAUGCUAAUAUUCUAAAUAAUAAUAUAUAUUUACAUUGAAGCUAAAACUGUUAAGCAAAACAGUGCCUAAUUUGUUGGUUUCUAAGUGUUCUGGAGUCUAGAGAUUGUUAAUGUUCUAUUCCUACAUUAAGAAUUUAAUUGCUCACUUGUUCUAAAAGCUUUGUCAAACAAGCUGAGGUUGUUUUUCUCUAAAGCUACUGAGAUAUUUGCCUCUCUGGAAAAUAUGUUGAUUUUUUUUCCUGUUU